AUGUCUUUUCAAAUUCCUUCUAGGCAGACUUCAGUUUUUCAAUUAAGGAGACAUGUAGGGAGGAAGUUGGAAGAUAUCCUGGAUACUUUUGCUGACAGAGUUUCUAAACCACGCCUUUAUCUGACUGAUAAGAUGCAAAUCGCCCUUGCUGGUGGUUUGGGUCAUGGUGUGGCCCAUGCUGUCUUUUUUUGUCUAAGCCUGUUGACACCUGCGUUUGGUAAGGCAACAUUUUACGUUGAGAGGUGCUCAUCGAUGCCAUUUUUUCUCGUCUCUGCUAUCAUUUGUCUAGCGUUUGUUACCAUCCACACGUUCUCCAUGGUUAUAGCUUUCAAUGGGUACGCAGAAGGGAACAAAUCAGACCAAAUAUUCGUCCCAGCAGUUCAUCUAAUUGCAGCAUCAAUGGUUAGUAUAAUACCUUGA